CUGCUCUAUCCCCAAUUUACGAAAUACGGAGGUUGAUCCUUUUGAAGGGAUUGCUUCUUUUCAGAUGGCGCCUCUUCAGAGCCUCGCUUUCUCUCUGAAGCCCCCCAUCCCACCCCCAAGAGGGCACACGGUCCUGCAAAAAGUAAUGCUUUUUGAGUGAAGCCCUGCCAACGCCUCGGAUCAAAGAAAAGGGAAGACACGCGCUUCGGAUCUCUUGCUCCCCCGUUUCACCGCCCUACUAGGAUUUCCGCUUGGUGGAGGUAAAAAAAACGGAGCCAGGAAUGGCAGCUCCGGGGGCUUUAGUCGCCACUUCGCCACAUGAUCCGGCCAUCGCGUGACCCCAACUCUGAGCUGCAGGAAGAAGAGGACAGAAAGCCUGCAAGAGCUUCCUAGGAGCGAGCGAAAGCGUGUGGCCCUUCCUCCCACCCCGACCCUCUAGCCUCCUAAAAACUUGCCAUGGCCUCUCCGAGGCUGGAAACUUUCUGUUGCCCCAACCGGGACGUCUCCACGAAGCUUGUGGUGUCUUUCAAGCCGGAGGUCUUUUGCGGGGUCUGCCUUGGCAGCGCCUCUGCCGGGAUUCUCUUGAGCGCCCUGCAGCUCCUCCCGAAGAAGGGCCGGGGAUCGCGGGCGAUUUCCAAGGCUUCCUCCUCCACCACCAUCCUUCUCCUCAUCUCCGCCUGUGACAUGCUGGGCUCUCUGGGUAUAAUCUUCCGAUCUAUCAUCUGGUUAGGGUUCCCAGACUUUGUGGCAAAUAUAUCUUUAGCAAAUCAAACUAAUAUAUGGCCUGCUACAUUCUGUGUAGGAAGUGCGAUGUGGAUUCAACUUUUGUACAGUGCUGUCUUUUGGUGGCUGUUUUGCUAUGCUGUGGAUUCGUACUUAGUAGUUAGAAGAUCAGCAGGAGUAAGCACUAUUGUGUUGUACCACAUGAUGACAUGGGGCUUGGCAAUUUUGCUGUGCGUGGAGGGAGUUGCUAUGCUCUACUAUCCUUCAGUUUCUAGUUGUGAAAAUGGAUUGGAGCAUGCAAUUCCUCAUUAUGUCACCACAUAUGUUCCACUGGUUCUUGUUUUGAUGGCCAACCCAAUUCUCUUCAGUAGAACUGUGGCUGCUGUUGCAUCUUUAUUGAAGGGACGACAAGGAAUCUACACAGAGAAUGAAAGGCGGCUGGGGACAGAGAUUAAAAAUCGCUUUUUCAAAAUUAUGCUGAUCAUCAUUGUUUGCUGGUCAUCAAAUAUCAUAAAUGAGGGUCUUCUGUUCUACUUGGAAAUGCAACCAGAUAUCAGUGGAAGCUUCUUGAAAAAUAUCAGAACUGCAGCACUGAUCACAUGGAUUAUAAUGGGAGUGUUAAACCCCAUGCAAGGCUUUCUUUUCACUUUGGCUUUUUAUGGCUGGACUGGUUGGAAUCUGGACUUGCAGUGGCAGAAAAGCCCAAUUCCAUGGGAUUCUCUGUCUACCUCAACUGCUGCUGGAAAUGGCUAUGCUUUGCCAAGCGGAAACUCGGUGAAUUUCCAUGACUCAAAGAAAACAUCAACAGUGCCCAUCCAUCAGACAGAUGAAACUUUAAGCAUACUGUCUGAAGGAAAUCUGGGCACCAAUGAGGGAUUAAUGAAGAAUUCUCCUGUCUACCAAGGCUGGUAAACUUCAGGAUUCACUCAUACAUUCACUGGCAAAAUUUAAGAUCUGUCUUAAAUACUGUUAGCUUAUUUAUUCAAUUACUAGAUCAGUGCUGAGGAAUGAAUGGAUACAUGAUCCAAACCUUGAAGAAAUGUUCCACUUAAUGUUUACACAAGGUGACACAUCAGUUUUUUAAAUGGGACUUUCUAAUAUGAUACUAAUAAAUUCUGAGCAUUUCAGAAUGAAGUAUCAGUAAAUUCUUUAAUGUACUUUUAUGUCUUCCUCAGCUUGCAUAGCCAGCAAGACAAUUUUACUUAAUAAAAGAUAUUAGGGACUCUUAUAAUUCUAAUGAUUUACCUUAAAACUGAUAACUAAAAACAUUCCAUCAUAACCUAGUAUGUAAUUUACAAAGCAUUACAUGGCUUACUAUUAUUGCCUCCUUUUCUUGUUUGUUUGCUUUUCCUCAGUUGAAAUCAUCCUACAAUUUUAAUCAUAGCUGCUUCUCUCUAUUCUUCUUUCUUUCCUUAACAAGCAGAGAUGUGAUUGUGCUAGAAGAGGGGUAGGGAACGAUGGCCCUUUUAUGACUUGUGGACUUCAACUCCCAGAAUUUCUGUCAGCCAGCCAUGCUCAGGAAUUCUGGGAGCUGAAGUCCACAAGUCAUAAAGGGGCCAUCCUUCACCACUCCUGUGCUAGAAGUUCCAUCAUUUCUCUGAUGAUAUUGACUCCUUUAUUCUAGCUGCAUUCUGGCCAGUGGUUAUAUCCAAAACACAUGCUAGUUAAGAUUUAGUUCUGCAUUCUGUUUGUCUACUGACCAAUUACACAGUUCUGAGAGUUAACUUUUGUAUUGAGGGUGGAUUGCUUUGUGUUGUAUUAAUCAUUCCUGUGUCUUUCUAGAUACAUAUUACCGUCUUACUGUGAUGGAAUGAUUUUUGUUAAAAGUAAUGCAUAAAAAAGGUAUGCACCACUAAUGCAAGAUGCAGUGAUACAAAUUUGCAGGUUCAUGAAAGAUAACCAGUGGUAUCCAAAUUAGCAAUCUCCAAUAUCUAGAUUUAGUAUAUGCCUUAAAGAUUAAUGCAUCGUUAGCCAUAAUUUCCUUUGGUCUGCUACAUGAAACUAAACCGUAGAUUUUGUUUUAACAAAUAAGUUAAAAGAAAUUAUAGCUUAGGAAGUUUGUAAACUAACAAUUUAGUUUUUGACCUUUAUUGUUAUUUCUUACAUAAUACACUAUUUUUUAUAAAGAAUCACUUAAUUAGCAUUUGUCUACACCUUCUGUCAAUCUAAAUUAGCCUUAUAUAUUGAUGGUGUAUUAUCAGCUAUCUAUAUAGAUAAUGUAAAAUCCUUUUCAUUAUUAUGAUGGGCCUCAGUGGCUGUUGUCAUAAUGCAUGAUUUAUAAAGCCCAGAAAACCUAUAACCUAUGGUAGUUUAACAUUUCACUCUUUGUUAUGAUAUAUUGCAGUUAUUAUUAUUAUUGUUGUUGUUGUUGUUGCUGUUGUUGUUGCUGUUGCUGUUGUUAUUAUAUUAUAACAAACAAUUCAUCUUCUCUU